AUGUUCGAUUAUGUGGAGUUCCAGUCGUUCGCACCCGGAGUCAUCAUGGACCUGUACCGCUCAUCCAGCCCCGCCUUCGCGCUGCAGGACCGGGAUCAGGACCGGGACAGGGAUCAGGACCGGGACCGGGACCAGGACCAGGACCAGGACCUGGCAGCCUUCUUCCCCGAGCUGAUCGAGUCGGACUGGCAGCAGCACCGGUGCUCACAGUCAGUGGGCAGUCAGAGCUCCAGCUCCAGCUCGGACGACCUCUUCGCCAGCCCCUCCUCCCCGCCGCCGCCCCCCCGCACGUACAAGCCCUGCUUCGUGUGUCAGGACAAGUCGUCCGGGUACCACUACGGAGUCAGCGCCUGCGAGGGCUGCAAGGGCUUCUUCCGCCGCAGCGUGCAGAAGAACAUGGUUUACACGUGUCACCGCGACCGGAACUGCAUCAUCAACAAGAUCACCAGGAACCGCUGCCAGUACUGCCGGCUGCAGAGGUGCUUCGCCGCCGGGAUGUCGAGAGAGUCGGUGAGAAACGACAGGAUCCGGAGGAAGGGGAAGAAGGAGGCGGUGAAGAUGACGAUCGUGGAGACGUACGAGCUGACGUCGGAGCUCGGCCUGAUCGUGGAGAAGAUCUGCAGAGCGCACACGGAAACCUUCCCCGCCCUCGGCCAGCUGGGAAAAUACACCACAAACUCCAGCUCCGACCACAGGAUCCAGUUGGACCUCGGGCUGUGGGACAAGUUCAGCGAACUCGCCACCAAGUGCAUCAUCAAGGUCGUGGAGUUCGCCAAGCGAGUGCCGGGUUUCACCGGCCUGACCAUCGCUGACCAGAUCACUCUCCUCAAAGCCGCCUGUCUGGACAUCCUGAUCCUGAGGAUUUGCACCCGCUACACCCCCGACCAGGACACCAUGACCUUCUCCGACGGCUUGACCCUGACCCGCACUCAGAUCCACAACGCCGGAUUCGGGCCGCUCACGGAUCAGGUUUUCACUUUCGCCGGCCAGCUGCUGCCGCUGGAGAUGGACGACACGGAGAGCGGGCUCCUCAGCGCCAUCUGCCUCGUGUCCGGAGACCGACAAGACCUGGAGGAGCCGUCGAAGGUGGAGGUGCUGCAGGAGCCGCUGCUGGAGGCGCUGAAGAUCUACUCCCGCAAGCGGCGCCCCAGCAUGCCCCUCAUGUUCCCCAAGGCCCUGAUGAAGAUCACAGACCUGCGCAGCAUCAGCGCCAAAGGGGCCGAGAGGGUGGUGACACUAAAGCUGGAGAUCCCCGGCUCCAUGCCACCGCUGAUAGAGGAGAUGCUGGAGGAUCUGCAGAACCUGGAGGAGCACCAGAAGAAAGGCUCGGAGGAGAGCUGA